UUCUCCAGUGAAAGUUGUUGCACUCCUUGGCGAAGAUAUCGAUUGACUGUGUGAGGCUGAAAGCACUCUGAAAGUUGAAUACACGUGGAUGAAGAACGGAGAGCCACUAGAAGGGGAAAAUGGGACCAUACUUGAGCUAAGAAAUGUCACCGAACAUAGUGAAGGAGCCUACAAGUGUCACGCUUCCAACACGAGAGGAAGGACAGUAUCUAAUGUCACCAUCCUGGUUGUGCAUCAAAGACCACAUAUUACCGAACACCCACUGGAUAAGCAGAAGCUCGUUGGAGACGAAACAGUGUGGAUGAUCUGCAACAGCACCGGCAUUCCUCGGCCAUCAACAGAGUGGUUCUUUAUUCCAAUGAAAGGUAUGAGCCGUGAUGCUGUUCGUCUCAACGUGACGGACCCAGUUCUGGAAAUGGGAAAUCUGACAACAGAAAAUGCUGGCUUUUACUACUGUAACGUGUCGAAUUUGCAUGGUGGUGUCCAAAGUAAAAUUGCAAGACUGGACGUUUUAAGAUUCAUUCCAGGCGUGCCUAGAAUCGCUCUCAGUUUAAAGCUAAAGCAAUGUAUUUCCACGCACUCUGAUGAAAACAGCAGUCCACAUAAUUGCAAAGGAAAUAGAAUAGACAAAUUUCGACAGAUAGAUACUAAGGAUUACCAACAUCUUACUCAGAAAAUGCUGGAACGCAUGAGUUGGCCUGAGAAAAAAAUACAUAAUGUGUAUUACACACCAUUUCCAGAUGCAGUGAUAUCGUUCGUCCUUCAUGGGGAAGAUCCCAUCACCCCAGAAGGAAAGAAGCUCGAAGCACUUAAUGAAUUCUCGCUCUCUAGACAACGCAUAGGAAACAGUUUAAAAAAGCUCUAUUCUUCUCUUGAGAACGAAAAGCUGAAGAUUCGUAAGGGAAACUUGACGAUAACUGGUGACAAGGACAGUCUUGUUGUCAGAUUUCCAUCACAAAAAUGUCCAAGUGGCACAAGAACUCAUGAAGAUGGAUAUUUAUGCGAAUACUGUCCACCUGGUUACUAUGAAAUCGGAAAAAGAAUUUGCGAACCAUGCCCUGUUGGCACAUAUCAACCAGAUGAAAGGAGCACAGAGUGUGUUAAGUGUCCUUAUCUAGUGUCACAUACAGAGCCUGGAGCGGUCCGAGAAUCCUUCUGCAGCGAUAUCUCCAAACCUUGCACCAAGCCUCCUAAAACAGACGUCGUUCAUGCUCAACUGCCGAACAAUAUAAAGACUCUCCAUCGCAGCGGUCAAACCUUUGACUUUGAAUGCCAACCUGGGUACAAAGUUGUAGGAAACACAACCACAGAGUGUAACGAAGGAAACUGGACCAAGACUGACUUUUAUUGUGAAGAAACUUGUUAUCCACCCUGGACCGAGCUGAAGAGACAUUGCUACUUGGUGGUAGAGGCACGAGCCAACCGAUGGGCGAACGCGAUGAGCCAGUGUUUGAAGUUCAAUGCACAGAUGAUUAUCAUAUCCUCAGAGGAGGAAAACGAAUUUGUCAAAGAGCUUGCUAAGGUUUAUCUCAGAGAGAAGAAAAGGACUCGAGCUCAGAUGUGGCUCGGGCUGAGGAAGAUGCACGUAAUUGGUAAUUUUCUGUGGGUUGAUGGGAGUCCCUUAGACGGAUACACUAACUGGACCCCUGGUGAACCAAACAACGCAAGAGGUCAGGAGUUGUGUACCGAGAUUUUGAUCUCUGGUAAAUACCAGUUGGGCAAGUGGAAUGAUGUGAAUUGCCACAUAACCCGUCACAAGUCUCUCACAGUCUGUGAAAAACCUCUCAGAGAUGGAAAGUAAAAGUAAUGAUUCAGUUACUUGCCGCAAUUAUUUACAUUUUUUUUUGUUUAUUAGUUCUGUAGCUGUGCGGGAAACUAAUGGCAAAUGAAGUGUGUGCGUAUUAUAUAUUCAUAACUCACGUUGUCGGGAUGAAAACUGUGAACACAUACAUCUUGAUUUUUUAAGCAUAUUGGAAAAAAAAACUAUUGUAUAUUCCCUCACAGUUUUCUUUUUAAAUUUUACUUUUCAUAUCAGUUGAUAUCUUCUGUCACUAUUGGAAAAAUUUUUUUGUCAACUGAUGCAGUUUAGCAUUUUUCUCGAGGUGGCUGCACGAGUAAGCAAUUGACAUUUUUCUGCUAUCUCCACCUUUUUUUUAAUAGCGCUUUCGUUCUAGGCUCACUUAGCCUCUCGGUUUAUAAAAAGGGCGACUCUUAAUGUUCGUCCCUUCUUGUCCAAAUCUUUAUAAUUCAUUUAAAAUCUUUUCUCUUUAGAGUUCAGUUUAAAUUCGGCAAAUAUGUUCCUUUUAGUAUUAACGUCUCCAAGUUUAGUUGAGGUUUGCCAGAUCGUAACUUGGACUGUCCGAAAAUCAGAGAAAAAGGUCACUUUGCAAAGAAAAAAAAAGGUUUUUGAUGCAAGAUAUUUUCUAAUGAGAUUAGACGUGUGUUACGUGGUGCAUGAAGUACCUACUUAGACAGCUCAGCUACUGUCACCUUGGCAUGGGUGGGAACAAUUGUUUCAGAGAAGAUUGAGUUACGUUAAACUUUGAGAUGGAAGUUAGCGGUUGCAAGUCAGUUAAGAGCCUGCUCAAUAAAGAGAGAUCACCUUAAAAGAGUGUCCAAGAUGAAAUUAUUCUUACCAAUAUUUUAAAACAAUUAAAAUUAAUAUUUCCUUGUU